AUGACUAUGACCAACGGUGCUCAUGUUCACAAGUCCGUGCCGUCGGCUCUGCCUUUGGUGCAGAAGCUGUCUGAGGACCAUGACCUUGUUUUGAAGACAUUCCGUCUUUUGAUCGCAGGUCUCUGCCAGCAAUUUGGUGGUGGUCAUUCUGGUGGUGCUGUUGGCAUGGCCGCAAUUGGUGUCUUUCUUUGGAAGUAUGUGAUGCGUUAUGCGCCGCACACUCCCGACUUCUUCAAUCGCCAUCGAUUCGUCCUUUCCAACGGCGAGCACACUUGUCUCUUGCAAUACACUUUCCUACACUUGACCGGAUACAAAGCUAUGACUCUCGAGCAGCUCGAGUCCUACCACUUGGAUCGUGUAGAUGCGCUAUGCCCUGGACAUCCAGAGAUCGAACACGAGGGUAUCGAAGUUACGACAGGUCCCUUAGGCCAGGGCAUUGCAAACGCUGUGGGUCUCGCCAAGGCCACCAAGAACUUGGCCGCCACCUACAUCCGCCCCGGUUACGAUGUUCUUGACAACCACACUUGGUGUAUGAUUGGAGAUGCCUGCUUGCGAGAGGGCGUGGGCCUUGAGGCUAUCUCCCUUGCCGGUCAUUUCCGCCUGAACAAUCUCACUGUCAUGUAUGACAACAACCAGAUUACUUGCGACGGAUCCGUCGAUCUUACAAACACGGAGGAUGUGAACGCCAAGAUGCGUGCCUCUGGCUGGAAUGUGACUGAUGUUAAAGAUGGUUGCUUCGACAUAGCGGGAAUUGUAAGCGCCUUGGAGCAGGCGCGUGCUUCCAAGGACAAGCCUACUUUCAUCAGUGUUCAUACUGUCAUUGGCCUCGACAGCAGCGUCGCUGGCACUGCCGUCGCUCAUGGUGCGGCAUAUGGAACCAGAAGUGUUGCCGAUAUCAAGACUCUCUAUGGCUUCAAUCCAGAAGAGCACUUUGUCAUUGGUGAUACUGUUCGCCAAUUUUUCAAGGAACUACCAGCUCGCGGCCAGCGAUAUGUUCAGGAAUGGGAUCAGCUGGUGAGGGACUACAAAACCGAAUCUCCUGAACUUGGGGCGGAGUUCCAAUCUCGUGUGCGAGGCGAGCUGCCAGCAGACUGGCAGAAGUACAUCCCGUCCAAGUUCCCGGAAGAGCCCAUAGCCUCGCGUGCUUCCUCUGGUCUCGUCUUUAACCUUAUUGCAAAGCGAACCAAGACCUUCAUGCCCGCCUUGCGCACUGAUUGCAACAUGCACGGAAAUUACUCUGGCCGUUAUAUUCACUGGGGUGUCCGUGAGCACGCAAUGGCUGCCAUCUCGAACGCCGUUCGUGUGGGUGCCCUGCAGCAGCUCCAGAUCGUUCAUGUCGCUACACAUGAUUCCAUUGGAAUGGGUGAGGACGGUCCUACCCAUCAGCCCAUUGAACUGGCUGCAUUGUAUCGUGCCAUGCCAAACCUGCUCUAUAUUCGCCCCGGUGAUAGCGAAGAGACUGCCGGGGCUUGGAUCGCUGCCAUCAAUGCCAAGAAGACCCCAAGUAUCAUCUCGACUUCGCGCCAAGUUCUUCCCCAGCUUACGAGCACUCGCCGUGAUGGUGUCGCACUUGGUGCUUACGUUCUUUCGGAGAGUGAGUCAGCUGUGUUUACCCUGAUCGGUGUUGGAGCUGAGCUUUCCUUUGCUGUGGAAGUUGCCGAGAAGCUGGAGGCCGAGAAAGAUGUUUCUGCUCGCGUUGUCAGUUUCCCCUGCCAGCGCCCAUUCGAGCAACAGUCGCUGCAGUACAAGCGUGAUACUCUCCGACGUCAUCAGGGUAUUCCUGCUGUUUUUUUUGAGCCAUAUACGCCAAACGGUUGGGAGCGUUACGCAGAUGCGAGCAUUUCUGUGACGCGGUUUGGCCACAGCCUACCUGGAUAA